AUGAAGCUUCUCUGGGUCUUUUCCGAAAUCCUCGAAUCCGUCUGCGUCAUCCCGCAACUGCUCCUCCUCCGCCAAACCACCGUACCCACCGUUAUCGACUCUUACUAUCUAGUUACACUGGGUACAUACCGCGCCCUAUACGUCCUCAACUGGAUCAUGCGCGGCGUCAAGGAAGACGACUAUCUCGAUCCUACAUCAUGGGUCUGGGGCUCCAUCCAGACGGCACUCAUGAUUGACUUCGCAUGGGUGUACUACACGCGCCAGCGCGUGAAGCUCCGACACGGCGGCGUGGUAGACUCGGAGGAUCUCGGUCGCGGAUGGAUCGUUGGCCGGUUUGUAGGCAGGAAGAGCAUGGAUUUUGACUACGACGAGGAGACCGCUGGCCAGCGCAACGAUACCACACAGCCGAAUAACAAGUGGGGUCGGAGGGGCAUCUCCGUCUCUGCGGAUGAAGGAGUGGAGGGUGCGCCAAAGAGGACUAGCCCCGAAGAGAGAAGGAAUGUAGAUCCAGAGAGUCAACCACUGGCCGAUCCAGCCGCAUUCGAGGACGAGAGCGAUGACGAUGCGCCACCGCCUGGUGCUACUUCAGUGGCCGAACAGAGUGGCGUCAGGAGGGAUGAAUGGGACGACGAUUUGGAUGACGAUGCCAGUGAACAUGACGCACCUUCCAAAGCCGUCAAAUGA